AUGGCGGAGGCUUCAACUAUACUUGACACCAAACUGUCUGAUGAAGACAAACUUGGAAAAGAACUUUGUGAUUUGACAAAAGAGAAAAGUCGUGAUUAUGAAAAGGAAGGAGUAAAAAUGAUUCAAUUGGGUGAUCUUUACAAGGGAAGAUGUUCUAAUGACUCCAAGCAGAGAGAACAUUAUGUUAAUGCUGUGGCACUGUAUAAUGGAGCUAUAGCAUGCUUCAAGGCUGUGAAAGAAAAUGUUCAAAAUGUUGAACAAUACCAACAGCAGAUUCCAAUGCUAUGUGAUGAAGUUGAGAUGAUGUAUCUAGAGAAUAUACUUGGCAAGCUACCAACUGCCCAGGAUGCAUCUGCUGGUAUUGAGAAAGAUAUGUCACAAACAAAGGUCCAGGGAAAUCCCAAUGAAGCAUUGAAUUCCUGCAGAUUCAGUCUUAAGGUAAAGAUGAAGGACAUGGUAGAUUUAAUGAUGAACUGGCCAAAGGCAGACAAUGGACCAAAUCCAGAGUAUGAGGAAUGCCUCAACCAAAUGAUAAGAUCUAUAUGUGGGGACAACACGAGCUUUAUCAAAGACUUUUGUGCUGAGUUAAUGAGCCAAUGUAUAUCUGUAUGUGGACCUCCACCCUGUAAAUUCACUAUGGUAGGACUGGGGUCUCUUGCAAGAGGUGAAAGCACUCCCUACUCUGAUCUAGAGUAUCUGUUCUUAACAGAGAGUGAUAGGCAUGAUGAAUAUUUCCUCAACCUUCACUUCUACUUUCAACUGAAAGUUCUUAACUUGGGAGAGACCCCUCUGCCUGCUGUGGGAAUUAAGAGUUUAAACAACUUCUACGAGCAGAAGGAAUCUAACAAUUUCUAUGAUGACACUACCCCCAGUGGGUUUAAGUUGGAUGGAAAUAUGCCCUGGGCAGCUAAAACACCACCUGGUCGGAAAGGGACACUUCAGAGGAAAGAUCCAAUUAAAUUAAUUGGAACACCAAAAUACAUGGCUGAGCUAAGUACAACAGAAGCUGAUGAGAAAAAUGGCUACCACCUAGCAACUAUUGUUUCUACAGCAACCAACAUAAUGGGGGAAGAGGAAUUAUUCCAGAAAUUCAGAAAUGAACUAUCUAGGGUGAGAGAACAAGAUUCUGACAAGAUGUUUAAAGCAUGGAUUGAAUGUAUGGAGAAAGAUUGUGAUAAAUACAAAUUUGGAGAGAAAAUAGACAAUUUUUAUGAAACUGGAAAUGUUAAUGUCAAACAAGAUUACUACAGAUUUCCUUCAAUCCUGAUCAAUAAUCUUAAAGAUCUGUUUCAGAUUGAUAAAACAUCUCCAUGGGAUAUCAUUGAUGAUUUAGAAAAAUUCAUUGGCAAGGAAAAUUGUUCCCACUUGUUGCUGAUGAUCAAUAUUGUUAUUGGUGUCAGGCUAUUCACAUACUGUGUGAAGAACCAGCAGCAUGAUGCCAUUAAAACAUUCACACAUUUUACAUCUAGUGAAUAUACACAUGAUUUACUGACAGGUUCAACAGCUUCCUCUAGGAAUGUCAUGCCUAUUCCAUUCACCAACUUACUACAGCAUUACUUCCUCAGGUACAUUAGCUGUUCCUUAUCUGUCCCUGCAAGACUAAAAGAUGCAACCAGCAUGAAUCCUAGUGAUGUUAAACAACUGAUGCAAGAAUGUUCAAUGUACUGUGAAUGUAAGUUCUGCAUCCUGGUGGCAAAGUACUCAACAAGCUUCCAGGCUGAUGAUGUCAUUGAUGAGGAAGAUGUAGUGCUGAGAUCUGUAGAGGAAUCAUGGCACCAACAGAUUGUAGUUAUGAACAGAGAGGACUCAUUUGAUUUUGUCUAUUUGUUUAAGACCAUAUCUUCUUAUUCUAGGCUGAAGUCUCUCCAGUAUGAGCUCCAGUCAAACCAACAUCUCACCAGCAAUGAAAAAGCAGAGCAUUUAAAUGAAAUAGCUGAUGUUCAUAUGAAGCUGGAAGACUACCCAGCAGCACUAAGAUCCAUAGAGGAAGCUGUAAAGGUGUCUCCACCCAGGGAAAAAGCAAAGUUUUUAAAUUACAAGGCUAAAUGUCACAGGGAUCUGGGAGACUACCCAGCAGCACUAAGAUCCAUAGAGGAAGCUUUAAAUGUGUCUCAACCAAGUGAAACAGCAAAGUAUUUAAAGAACAAAGCUGACAUUCACAUGAAAUUGGAAGACUACCCAGCAGCACUAAGAUCCAUAGAGGAAGCUUUAAAUGUGUCUCCACCCAGUGAAAAAGCAAAGUAUCUAAAUUACAAAGCUGAAUGUCAUAUGAAGCUGAAAGACUACUCAGCAGCACUUAGAUCUAUAGAUGAAGCUUUAAAGGUGUCUCCAACCAUUGAGCUCCUGAAGCACAUGAUGAUGAAGGCUGAGAUUCUACACACAAUGCAGGACUACACACAACUCAAGGAGUGCUGUGAGCUCUAUAUGGAACUUCAAUCUCAGUGUGAACCCAGUUCAGAUAUAAUCAAUGACACACUUCAGAUAUAUGAAUACUACACAGAUGAUCUCAUAAAAGAUGAAGAAUAUAAAGCUGCACUGAGCUACCUGGAAAAGGCCAAGUCUCUGUGUGAGGAAGAGGAGGAGAUUCAUUGGAGAUAUAAAAACUUCCUCUUAAAAAUGAUCACUUGCUACACAGCACUGGGGAAACAGGAAGAUGUUGAAUACACCAUGGAACUCUUGGAAACAAUAUGAUUAAGUGAAC